AUGCCGCCAAAGAAGCAGUGGAUUGAUAAGAAGAACGCGAGCACUUUCCAGCUCUUCCACCGGUCCCAAAAUGACCCGUUGAUCCACGACCCUCAGGCGGAGGACCGAGUCCUGCAUCAAGUCGGCGGUCCUGCGCCUUCUUCUGCGUCGACAUCCUCGCAAAAGCCUUUCCGGGUUUUGUCCGAUCUCGAGAAUGAAUUCCACGAUGAAUCCGUCCGCCGCAAUGAGGGUGAAGCUGCCAACUACGGUGUCUACUAUGAUGACUCCAAAUAUGACUACAUGCAACAUUUGCGCGAACUGGGAACUGGGGGUGGAGAAGCAUACUUCGUGGAGGCUAAGCCCGAGAAGGUCAAGGGUAAGGCGAUGAAGCUGGAGGAUGCGCUGCGCCAGGUCUCUCUAAACGAAGACGAUGCGCGGAGCGCUGCGGGUGGCCAGAGCCUCUACGGAUCUGAGUAUGGUGAUUUGCGCUCUACAGCUUCAUCGUAUAUCCGCAAGCCUACCUAUCAGGAUCAGCAGAACGUCCCCGAUGCCAUCGCGGGUUUCCAGCCAGAUAUGGAUCCGCGAUUGCGCGAGGCUUUGGAGGCUCUGGAGGACGAUGCUUUCGUCGAUGAUGAAGACGACGAUCUUUUCGGCGAGCUCACAAAGCAGGCUGAGGAAAUGGACUCUGGAGACUGGGAGGAUACCUUUUUCGAUCAGGAUGAGGAGGAUGGGGGAUGGGAGUCGGAUGCGACUGAGAAGGCCCCAGUUCAAAGAGACAGCACAGAAGCACGAGAACUCGCUGAGAAUACUGAAAGCUCCUCGCAGCCUCUCGAACCUGGCGAGCUGCCCGAGGUUGAUCAGGCUGUUCCAGAUCUCCACCCUCAAGAUCAGGGCUGGAUGAACGAAUUCGCCAAGUUCAAGAAGGAUGCUAAAUCUGGCAAGGGUGUUCCGGCUCCACCAACUAUGGCACCCUCUGAGCAGCAGACUGUCGCGUCGACUGCCUUCACUAUUGGAGGCACCCCCAUCCGCCGCAAGAAGCGCAAGGGUGCUUUGACCAACCCCUCUGCAUACUCCAUGACCUCAUCCGCAUUGGCACGUACCGAAGGACACCGUCUCCUGGACGAUCGCUUCGAGCGAGUUGAGGCUCUCUACUCUCUUGACGAAGAAGAUGAGUACGACGACAGCAUGUCCAUGGUCAGCGGCAUGACUGGUGCCACUGGCAUGACCGGUAUGUCCACAGCAUCAUCUCUUGCACCCAGCCUUGUCAACGCCAGCGGUGAAGGAGUUUCCCGCAGCGAUUUCCACAACAUCAUGGACGACUUCCUCGCCGGUUGGGACGACAACACCAGUGCCCAGGCCAAGCGAAGAGGCGCCAAGAACAAGCGUGGUAAGAACGGUAACGAGGCCAUUGGCAUCAAGAUGCUCGAGGAAGUUCGUGCUGGUCUUGGCCCCGCUCGGUUCUCCGGUACCAACACUCGCAACAAGGUCCUGUAG